GGAUCAUUUCAGAGCAACAGAAUCCUGCUUCCGAAACAAAUUUUUUCCUUAUUUUUGUAAAUAAGACACAACAUGCAACAAUUUUGCGUGUUGCUCUGAUUAGCGUUUCUUCCAUGGCGUUUGUUAGCACAGUCUAGUUGCCAACACCUGUCCACAAUUCAUCAUGCCUGCCAAGCCAAGUCUAGACAAGGUGUGCUGGCAGUGGGCGGAGACCACAGAUCCGGAAAAUGUUACGCUGGAGCAUGUCCGUACUGCAUACCGUCUCAACCUGUCUGUAUGCAAACUGGGCUCUUGUAAAAGGCAGUGCAAGGGAAAUCCAUACUGCAUCAAUUGUAUUGGAGAGAAGGUUUGGUUUGGCAAGAUAGAGGACAGCUCUUGGCAUGACGUACAGGACCCCUUGGAGGAAUGUCGCAAGGCAGGCAUGUCCACUGGACUCAAGAAUCUGGGAGCCACUUGCUAUGUGAACACCUUCUUACAACUCUGGUUCAACAAUGAAACCAUCAGGAAAGGCGUGUAUGAGUGGCGUGAGGCGGGGUUCAGUGAGGAGCAGAUUGACACAUGGGAACCAACCUCUGUGUGCAGCCAUCUACAGGUAAUAUUUGGGCUUCUAGAGUUGUCCCGUAGACGUUACGUAGACCCAAGUGAGUUCAUCAAGCAUCUCGGACUUGACGCAGGCCUGCAACAAGACGCCCAGGAGUUCUCCAAGCUCUUCCUGUCUGUCCUUGAACAGAACCUGAUGGAGGGGGCAAGUCUUAGUUUCAGUAACUAUGGUAACGUGAUCAAGGAGCAGUUCUGUGGGAAAUACGCGUAUGUGACUCGUUGCAGCAAGUGCGCAACCGCUUCAGAAAGAUUGUCAGAGUUUUACGAGCUUGAUUUGAAUAUUCAGGGCCAGAAAACGUUGGCUGAAGCACUGAAAGGUUUUCUGGAAGUUGAGAAACUUGACGGUGAUAAUCAAUACAUGUGUAAUACUUGCAAUGCCAAGCAAGACGCUACCAGGGCAAUUGAAUUGAAAAGUUUGCCACCUGUAUUGAAUCUACAGCUCCUGCGUUUUGUGUUCGAUUUGAAAACUGGAUCAAAAAAGAAACUUAAUAGUUGUAUACAGUUUCCAGAUAUUUUGGAUAUGACAGAGUUUAUGCAGAGUGAUACAGCAGCCAUUUAUGAUCUAAGCGCAGUGCUUAUACAUGGAGGGCCUUCAGCAUAUAGCGGGCACUACGUGGCUCAUAUUAAAGGGAAGGAUAGUCAAGCCUGGUACAAAUUUAAUGAUGAAGAUGUGGAAAAAAUUAAAGGUAAAAAUCUUCAGCUUGGGAGUGAAGAGGAUCUAGAAUCCAAGAAGCAGAAGACCGCCAGAACACCUAAAGGACAUCAUUCGUCUAAGAAUGCCUAUAUGCUAGUUUAUACAAGAAGGAAGAAUUUGGAGCCCAAUAAUCACAGUAGUGAGCUAGUGGAAAGUGUUCCCCAUGCCGCUGAUGAAUUGGCAGGUGGGUCAUGUUUGAAUGACGUAACAGGGGAUGCACCUCCCACAUCAGAUCUCAAUUUGAAUAAGAAUUGCUGCAAUUCGCAAGUCACGAAACAGGAGAAGAGGUCACAGAUAGAGGGAAAAUCUGCAGGAGAUGACCAUCAAAAAGAAGAGAAAACACGAAUUAAAAACAAUGAAGCUUUGGAGGAUACUGAAACAAGUGUAGCGGAGACUACGGUAAGUGCCUCAGCAAUGCUUCCGAAAUACGUCCUUAGAUAUGUGGAGAAAGACAACGAGAAAUUCCAGAACUGGAUAAAUGAGUUGCAUAAAAUGAGAGACGAGAACAUAGCAAAAGGUCAGGAGAAGCAAGAGACAGUGAAAGCAAUAUAUCAGGACUUACCUUACACACUAGAAGACCAGAACAAAUAUGAAUGGUUACCGAUGAGUUGGUUUUCAAAAUGGUUGAAUGAUCCAGCCACGGCGCCAGAAGUGGAUGUGAAAAAAUUCCUCUGUAGUCAUCAAAAAGUGUGUCCUGAUUUGAGUAUUAAGAUGAAGUGUGUCUCCCAGCACGGAGCAAACCAGCUGUUUGAUAUUUAUGGUGGAAAUCUGAGACUGCAGGGGGAUGAGUCACUUUGUGAGAAAUGUGUUCAGAACAAGUGUCACUUGAUACGCACAAAGAAACGUUUAACGGAAGAUGACAAGUUCAUAUUGGCAGCGAUGAAAACCGAUUUUUCAUCAGAGAAGUUGUACUGGGUUGGGAAGUCGUCUUUUCGAAGCUGGAAGAGACUGGCUAUUGAGCAGCUGAACUUGGAAGAAGAGAAACAUGCAAAGGAGAGAGGGAAGUCUGUGUCACAAUCUAACUCUGAUGAAGAAAAUGAAGAUGCAAGUGGUCGGAAUAAAAGUGGAGGAGACAGUGACAGCAAUGAUGUGAACACUUGUAAGAGAUAUGAGUCUAAAUUCAAUGACAAUAAUUUGAAGCAAUCUAGAAAAGCAGUAGAAAAUUAUUUUGGCAAUAAAAGGGAUGUUAGGAAAGCUGUUUCACCGGUGAAAGCAUUUUCUGACUCCACCAUGAACAGUGUCGAUCAUGAAUCAGUGUCUGUUGGUCAAAGCAAAAGUGAACCGAAUUUUGCAACAAGUGAUCGUGAUGACAAAAUCGGUGAAAAUCUUCAGUUUAAUGAAGAUAUUCUGUGUGAAGAACAUUCUGGGUUGCAUCCUGAUGCCUCUAGUAGAAAACUGAUUCCAGAAAGUGUUUGGCUGAAACUUAAAAGAUAUUUCCCGGGAAGUCCAGAAUAUGAUUGGGGGAGUGAGCCAUGUAGCAAGUGCCAAGCCUCACUUGCGGUUGAAAACAUGUGCAAGGAAGAAAAUAGACAGUUGGCAGCGGCUCAGAAAGCCUGUCUGCUUGAUUUGUUUCAUGAUCGGAGAAGACCAACUAAUGUCGCUGCAGGUGAUAUCAUAUACCUGGUAAAUGCUGAAUUUGUGGACUAUUGGCGAAAAUUUGUUCGCGAUCCAGUCAAGUGUGAACCUAUUAGGAAAAUUGUGAAUGAGAGUUUACUUUGUGAGCAUGAGGGUUUUUUGUUCCCACCAUUGGAAAUGGAGAAACCAAAGUGUGAUUCUAAAGUUGUAUGUGUUACCGCUGACGAAUGGCAAACCAUGACAGAUUUGUUUGAUGUAGACUUUGAUAUACGUAUGGUUAACAUUGUUGAAAAUGGAAAACAGGACAUUGUGAUUUUUCCAAAAGUUUGCGAUGAUUGCCUGCAAUCAAGAUUGAACAAUGAGGAAGGGGAAAUGUUUGAGUUUGAGAGAGGGGUCGUCUACGUACGAAAGCAGCACAAGUUGGAUCAGAAACCUGUGGAUUCCUAUGAUAACACAGACUCCAAUACAGACGAUCCUGAAUUCCGUGAGAAAUCUGGUACUGCCAGGAAGAGAGCUGGAACCGGGGGUUACGACGUGCAUGAUCCACCAGAAAAAUUCUUGAAAAAUCAGAAUGGUAUCAGAACCAUCAGGAAGAGUCAGAGACACAGGAAAACCAAGGGGGAGAAGGAGAUUUCCAUAUCAUCAAAGAACACACUCAAGGAACUGAAGCUGGAGAUUAUGAAACUGUUCUCAAUACCACCUUUUGAUCAAAAUUUGUAUGUAGAUGGUCGUCUUUUGGAUGGAAACGACUUGAGUUUAUGUGAUUUGAAGGUGGUUUCGGGAUCGGUUAUUGAUCUCAUAGCUGAUGAACCAAAUGAGGAGAUCAGUUUUUUGGAAGACUUCACUAAGGAGUCUGGUGUUCCAGAGUCAGGAUUUAAAGGGACAAACUUGUUAAGUGCAUAGGAUAAGAAUGUUAACUACUGAUCCUUGUUCUGGGAAAACCAUGCUGAAUGCAUGUGUCUAAAGUGUCGUCCAAGAUAAGCCUGUGCAGUUUGCACAAGAUAAUUUAGGACACCACUUUCAGCAUAAACUGAAUUUUGCUAAGACGAGAUUUACUUCAAAUGAAAAAGACCAUAAAAGCGAAAGAUGUGGUUCCUGAUUUGCCUAUGCAAACUGCGAUCCCGAACAAGACUUUGCGCACAUUCAGCCUAGUUUUCCCAGAACAAGUGUCUGUUUUACUGUACUAAACCAUUUUAAAGGGAUUAGUUAAUAGAUUUUUUAAAAGAAAUAUGCCAUCAAAUCUAUUAACCAAAAUUAAUAAAAGAAUUUGGAAAAUAAUGGAAAUUUUUAUAAUAUCAAGAAAAAGUGUGGACUUUACAACUUGCUUUCAACUAGUGUUACCGGUAUGUAAUUUGUAAUGCUUUUAUAAUGUCUUAUCCAUUUUCCACAUACACUUGAAAUGCUUACAAAUUCUUGCUAUAUUUUUAUUCAUUUUAAUUGAUGCCAAUAAUUAAGGUCAAUUAAAGCCAUUUGUAAGUAUUUGCUAGUCAAAUGUGUAAAUAUGCAUUUUUGAUAGCAAUUAUAAAUACUGUCUGGAAUGUAUGACACACAAUAGUGCUGCAACAAUACGCCAAAAACCAUAUUGCAAUAUAUUGUCAGUUCAAAAACCCGUAUUGCAAUAUAUCGCAAUAUAUUGCUUACUUGUACCAACAUUAUAACUUGCCAAUUACCCGAUAAUCCCGUAUAUUCCAGUUUUAAAGCAAAUUAUGGUAUAUAUUUACUUUAAAUGUGCUCAAGAAUAACAAGAAACACAAACAUUCGCAAAUUUUCUUAAGUAUCAAAUACAUUUUGACAUUCGUUACUAUUUAAAGAUGUGAUGAAAUAACGUCCAACCGGGGCGUUUUUUCCACUGAACACGCGUAAUUCACCUGACGUGAUGUUCCCGUUUUUAUACAACACAAAAUACACCCAUACUUUCCAUGCGACGUUCUACAUGUCUGUAUAAUUUUCGCGCGCUUUUUAUUGAGACAAAGGAUAAAGCACUUUUUAAUUGACGCUAGAAUUUGUUAUUGUCGCAUUAGCAUUAAAAUUUGGAAGCAUAUUUUCGAAAUUAGGAUUACAAAUUUAAUAAUGCUCAAUUCAGAAUCGAACGAAACAUUUACAGCUGUGCGCAAUUAAUUCAAAGAUAAUCUGUUCAAAAGCAUCGAACGAAUGCUCCGAUGUAACAACGCUACUCCGUAUUAUACUCUUUCAGAAUGCUUUUUUUUACGAAAAAAAAUAUUUACACUGCUUUGUUUUGUUUACCUUGUUAUCAUUAUUUCGGAUGGCUUUUCUGGACGAAAUGUGAAUGAAUUUUUGUAAAAUUUUCGUACCGGUAUGAUGAAAAUCGUAUCGCAAUACAAUAUGCGGAUUGCGUAUUGCGAUAUAUACCGAUAAACCGGUAUAUUGUUGCAGCACUAACACACAAUAAAAUGGCAUCAUGUCAAUCUGUGAAUAUGUGCCCAGGAUGUUUGUAAAAUUAAGGAUGUGUAUGUUAUGACCAUAUAUAGUUCACCUGAGAACAACAGGCUUAUGGUGAGCUUUUCUAAAUGCCUUUUGUCUGUUGUUUAUGUGGGUGAACAAUUGUAUUAUGAUAACUCUAGAGUCCACAUUUAUUUCCAAUUUUCAUGAAACUUAGUUAGAACGUUUAACCGGUAUCUCUUUUGGUGAAAUUAUCUUAAAAGCUUGCAGCACGCUAGAAGCCACAUUUUUGCACAGUCAUCAUGAAACUUGCUUAACAUUUUUCUUCUAAUAAAAAAGUUGCAAAUAUCUAAAAGAGUUCUUCAAAUACUUCAAAAGCUGAUCAAAAUAUGUUCGUUCUAUAGAGUCUCUGGCGAGCGAACUAGGGCCUUGGUUCUCUUGUGUUUACUUAAGAGUAUGUAGUAAAAUCUUAAAGUUUCAAGAACUGGUGCCAGAUUCGUUGAACAUUUGCUCAGAACAAGUUUCUGGUCUCAGUUGAGCCUUGUGGGGCAUGUUGCCCCCUUGUUGUUGUUAGACUGUUGUGAAUAAAUCUUGUUUGAAUAAUUUGGAAAAAUUAUAACAUAGAAUAUCACGCAAUACUGGUUUUAUUAUGGCUUUUAAUUUUAUGCCCCCCUUCGAAGAAGAGGUAUAUUGUUUUGCAUAUGUCGGUCAGUCCCUCCGUAUGUAUGUCCGUCCACCAGAUGGUUUCCGGAUGAUAACUCAAGAACGCUUAGGCCUAGGAUCAUGAAACUUCAUAGGUACAUUGAUCAUGACUAACAGAUGACCCCUAUUGAUUUUGAGGUCACUAGGUCAAAGGUCAAGGUCACUGUGACCCUAAAUAGUAAAAUGAUUUCCGGAUGAUAACUCAAGAACGCUUAUGCCUAGGAUCAUGAAACUUGAUAGGUAGAUUGAACAUGACUCGCAGAUGACCCCUAUUGAUUUUCAGGUCACUAGGUCAAAGGUCAAGGUCACGGUGACCCAAAAUAGUAAAAUGGUUUCCGAAUGAUAACUCAAGAACACUUAUGCCUAGGAUCAUGAAACUUAAUAGGUACAUUGGUCAUGACUCGCCGAUGACCCCUAUUGAUUUUCAGGCCACUAGGUCAAGGUCACGGUGACCCAAAAUAGUAAAAUGGUUUCCAGAUGAUAACUCAAGAAGGCUUAUGCCUAGGAUUAUAAAACUUCAUAGGUACAUUGAUCAUGACACGCAGAUGACCCCUAUUGAUUUUCAUUUCACUAGGUCAAAGGUCACGGUGACCCGAAAUAGUAAAAUGGUUUCUGGAUGAUAACUCAAGAAUGCUUAUGCCUAGGAUCAUGAAACUUGAUUGGUAGAUUGAUCAUGACUUGCAGAUGACCCCUUUUGAUUUUGAGGUCACUAGGUCAAGGUCACGGUGACCGGAAAUAGUAAAAUGGUUUAUGGAUGAUAACUCAAGACCGCUUAUGCCUAGGAUCAUGAAACUUGAUAGGUACAUUGAUCAUGACUGGCAGAUGACCCCAAUUGAUUUUUAGGUCACUAGGUCAAAGGUCAAGGUCAUGGUGACCCGAAAUAGUAAAAUGGUUUCUGGAUGAUAACUCAAGAAUGCUUAUGGCUAGGAUCAUGAAACUUUAUAGGUACAUUGAUCAUGACUCGCAGAUGACCCCUAUUGAUUUUCAGGUCAAAGGUCAAGGUCACAGUGACAAAAAACAUAUUCACACAAUGGCUGUCACUACAACUGAGAGCCCAUAUGGGGGGCAUCCAUGUUUUACAAACAGCCCUUGUUUUACAAUAAGUCUCAUUCUUUUGAAGUGAAGUGAAAAUGGGCAAAUGAUUCAAGACACACAUACAUGUUUAUUCCAAUAGUAAUAUAUGACUAAAAAAUGUACAGUAGUGUCAUGUCAUAUGCAUGAAAGUUUUAUAUAAUUCUCAUAAUAGAUGCUUAUAUGUGUUCCAGUUCUUUUAUGGUUGUUGUUGUUGUUGUUUUAUAAUUUAUUUCAUAGUUAUAGUAAGUGCUAUUGUGUUGUAGUUUUGUUGUCUUUCUGAUCUGUUUUGUUUGCAUGCAGUUGUAAGUGCUAAAUAACUUAUAAUCAUACAUCAUGUACUCUGAAUAUGAUGGUGUCAUAUCUUUAUUUGUACAGUUGAAGAGGUAUUAUCUGAAAAUUUGUUUGCUUAAGAAUGCAUGUUAACAUUUUUAUGCUCCCCCAAAAUUUAUUUUGAGAGGAGCAUAUAGUCGCCGCUUCGUCUGUCCGUCCGUCCAUGUGUCCGUCCCUGCACAAUUUUUAUCCAGGCUAUUUCUUCGUAUUUUCAGUAAAAAAUCCAGUUUAGGACUAGGAGUAAAGUAUCGUCCCUAAUUAGGCUGUGCUGACUGUACAGGCUAAUUUGGGGCAGCACUUUAGGCACAUGCAUUAAGCCCCAUGUUCACACAGUGAGUUCAUGUUUUUAAAAGUUUGCAAGGUCAAAUCAAACAAGGGGCAGUAGAAAAUUUUUCUUAGUAUCAGCAAUAAAGUAUUUGAAGGUAAAGUGAUUUCUACAUGGGCGUCGUCUGUUUGUCCUUAGAUACAAACUUAUCUGACAAAAUACUCUUAUCACUUUCUACUGAAAAACAUUCAAACUUACAUGGAUUUCUAUGCGUUCAUUAUCCUUGUAUUCUUAUAUAUCCAACGAGAGUUGGCCCUCAGAAGUUGACACUCGAGGAAAAAAUUUGGUCGGACACAAAUAUGUCCAAUAAAGCUUCAUUUUCCGAUCGUUUCAAACAGCAGAAACACAAUGAUAACAAUACUGUUUGUCAUUUAAACGGUUAUUUCCCGUUCAAUAAACAUUAAUGAAUCGUUUACAAUACAUCUUAUAGUCAAACAAAUACGUUUUUUAUGCCCCCAGUAGGGUGGAAUAUAGCAGUGGCACUGUCUGUCUGUCCGGCAUUCUGUUUUAAAGAGUGUUUUAUGCAACACAUUUAGAUAUUGAGCUGAUUUUGGUUUGUGAGUUACCUACAGGACCUACAGAUGAAGUGUAAAAUUCGUUCCAUUCUGUUAAUUUUUGUCAAAGAUACGUGCCUUGGAAUGAAAAUUUUUCCAAGGGAAGCAAUAAGCUUUUAAGGGAGAUAAUUUUGAUUUAAUCAUUUUGCAGGUACAUGGUCUAAUUUUGCCAAUGGAAGUAAUAUUUGUAAUCCAAUGUAGAAGCUUCUUUUAAUAAUAAUAGUAAUAAAAGAAAAAGGCAUGGACAUUUGAGACAAGAGGAUAUAAUUUUUUCUCUAUAAUAACAGUUUUCUAAAUGUUUUUUUUACGCAACGCUUUCAGAUAUAAGCUGAUUUUUGGUAUGUUAGUCUACAUGACCUUCAAAUGAAGUGUGAAAUAUGUUCCGGUCCAUUGAUUUUUAGCGAGGCUGUUUUAGGAGAAAACCCGAGCUAUUGUCAUAGCCAGCUCGUCCGACGUCUGCCGUAGGCAUCGUGCUAAAACCUUAAAAUUGGCUCCAAAAUCAAAGUGCUUCCACCUACAACUUUGAAACUUCAUAUGUAGAUGCACCUUGAUGAGUUCUACACGCCACACCCAUUUUUGGGUCACUAGGUCAAAGGUCAAGGUCACUGUGACCUCUAAUAUCAAACCUUAACAUAGGCUCUAAAAUCAAAGUGAUUAAACCUACAGCUUUGAAACUUCAUAUGUAGUUGCACCUUGAUGAGUUCUACAUGCCACACCCAUUUUUGGGUCACUAGGUCAAAGGUCAAGGUCACUGUGACCUCUAAUAUAAAACUUUAACAAAAACCUUAUCAUUGCCUCUAAAAUCAAAGUGCUUCAACCUACAACUUUGAAACUUCAUAUGUAGAUGCAUCUUGAUGAGUUCUAGACGCCACACCCAUUUUGGGUCACUGGGUCAAAGGUCAAGGUCACUGUGACCUCUAAAAAAAAUAAAAUCUGACAAGCUUUCGCAGCGGAGCGUGGCACCCGUUAUGCGAUGUCUUGUUUGGCAAAGUUAUGGGCCUUGGACUUAUUUUCGCUAUAGUAACUGUUUACCGGAAGUUUUUUAUGCAACACUUUCAGAUAUUGAGCUUAUAUUUGAUGUGUGAGUCGACUUACCUACAGAUGAUGUGUGAAAUACGUUACGGUCUAUUGAUUUUUGUUUAACUUAUGGGCCUUGGACUAAGAAAUUUUCUGUAUUACCCUGUAUAACCUUUUUCCGGAGUUUUUUCACGCAACGCAUUCAGAUAUUGAGGCAAUAUUUGGUAUUCAAGUCUACCAACACUACUUUCAGAUGAAGUGUGUGUUUUGCUUUUGUCCAUUUAUUUUUGGCUAAGUUAUUGGCCUUGUUUUCUCUAAAAUAGCUGCUGAUUGACUUCAACGCACAGUAGGGGGGAUUGUGUUUUUACAAAUGCAGGUUUUGUUGUUAACUUAAUAUUGUAAUAAUUAAUUGUUUGCGGAGUUUGCUAAAAAUAAGAUCGUGCCAGUUAAUGUUUUUGAUCUUAUAUUACUAAUCUUGCUCACUACCCCGGUAAAUCCAUGUUUUACAUUAUCCGUAUAUUCGUGUAUAACCAAAGGUGAAGCCUCAACAGUUCAUAGCACAGGCUAUUCUGGCACUACACCCUUCGCUCACGUAUUAAACAUUUCAUUUUUCCAAGGAACUUUCAUCGAAAUUCAAAAUAAUUUCAGUGGCGCUCAGUGAAAAAGGGGUUUAAUGCGUAGUGUUGUCCCUGAUAAGCUGCCUAAACUUGAAUUUUGCUAAGAAGAAUCUUUCUUGAAACGAAAAAUAUCUUAAAAGCGAAAAGUGUUGUCGGAAUGCUAGGCUAAUCUGGAACUCGACACACAUGCAAUAAACCCUCUUUUCACAGAGCACGACCCAUUUCUUCAGUGAACCAUUAAUCCCAAUCCCAGAACAGAGCACGGCCCAUUUCUUCAGUAAACCAUUAAUCCCAAUCCCAGAACAGAGCACGGCCCAUUUCUUCAGUGAACCAUUAAUCCCAAUCCCAGAACAGAGCACGGCCCAUUUCUUCAGUGAACCAUUAAUCCCAAUCCCAGAACAGAGCACGGCCCAUUUCUUCAGUGAACCAUUAAUCCCAAUCCCAGAACAGAGCACGGCCCAUUUCUUCAGUGAACCAUUAAUCCCAAUCCCAGAACAGAGCACGGCCCAUUUCUUCAGUGAACCAUUAAUCCCAAUCCCAGAACAGAGCACGGCCCAUUUCUUCAGUGAACCAUUAAUCCCAAUCCCAGAACAGAGCACGGCCCAUUUCUUCAGUGAACCAUUAAUCCCAAUCCCAGAACAGAGCACGGCCCAUUUCUUCAGUGAACCAUUAAUCCCAAUCCCAGAACAGAGCACGGCCCAUUUCUUCAGUGAACCAUUAAUCCCAAUCCCAGAACAGAGCACGGCCCAUUUCUUCAGUGAACCAUUAAUCCCAAUCCCAGAACAGAGCACGGCCCAUUUCUUCAGUGAACCAUUAAUCCCAAUCCCAGAACAGAGCACGGCCCAUUUCUUCAGUGAACCAUUAAUCCCAAUCCCAGAACAGAGCACGGCCCAUUUCUUCAGUGAACCAUUAACCGCAAUCCCAGAACAGAGCACGGCCCAUUUCUUCAGUGAACCAUUAAUCCCAAUCCCAGAACAGAGCACGGCCCAUUUCUUCAGUGAACCAUUAAUCCCAAUCCCAGAACAGAGCACGGCCCAUUUCUUCAGUGAACCAUUAAUCCCAAUCCCAGAACAGAGCACGGCCCAUUUCUUCAGUGAACCAUUAAUCCCAAUCCCAGAACAGAGCACGGCCCAUUUCUUCAGUGAACCAUUAAUCCCAAUCCCAGAACAGAGCACGGCCCAUUUCUUCAGUGAACCAUUAAUCCCAAUCCCAGAACAGAGCACGGCCCAUUUCUUCAGUGAACCAUUAAUCCCAAUCCCAGAACAGAGCACGGCCCAUUUCUUCAGUGAACCAUUAAUCCCAAUCCCAGAACAGAGCACAGCCCAUUUCUUCAGUGAACCAUUAAUCCCAGAACAGAGCACGGCCCAUUUCUUCAGUGAACCAUUAAUCCCAAUCCCAGAACAGAGCACGGCCCAUUUCUUCAGUGAACCAUUAAUCCCAAUCCCAGAACAGAGCACGGCCCAUUUCUUCAGUGAACCAUUAAUCCCAAUCCCAGAACAGAGCACGGCCCAUUUCUUCAGUGAACCAUUAAUCCCAAUCCCAGAACAGAGCACGGCCCAUUUCUUCAGUGAACCAUUAAUCCCAAUCCCAGAACAGAGCACGGCCCAUUUCUUCAGUGAACCAUUAAUCCCAAUCCCAGAACAGAGCACGGCCCAUUUCUUCAGUGAACCAUUAAUCCCAAUCCCAGAACAGAGCACGGCCCAUUUCUUCAGUGAACCAUUAAUCCCAAUCCCAGAACAGAGCACGGCCCAUUUCUUCAGUGAACCAUUAAUCCCAAUCCCAGAACAUAUCAUUACUAAUCUGUUCAUAUAUUUCUACAUAAAAAAGUGGCUAUGUACAUUUUCAUAAUAUUUUCUUAGAAAAAGUUUAGACAUGCUAAUUUUUUUAACAAAAGAACUUACAUUUAAAGCCUGGAAAUAAGACUUUUAUCAUGUAACAAUAUGUUUCGUAUUCCAGUCAAAUUGACUAAUAAUUUUUUUUAUAUCCCAACCACUUGAUUGGACUGUGUAGAUUUGACCUAACAAGCCAUGGGUGCUUUUCUGUUAAUAGUCUAUCUCUUUUCUGUGUAUGAUAUCUUAUUAUUUAUUUAUUGUGCAAGUACCGGUAUGUUGGCAAUUUAUUUUUCAUGUUGUGUGUGAAGAAAGUAUUAAAAAAAUGUAUUGAAGCCCUAUCGGAGUCUGUUAAUUACAUUAAAGAAAAUUUUGCAUUGACUAAAAUUUAUAAAAUAUUUGUUACUGAUCUUGUUAUGAGCCAUAUAACAUCUUUGUUUAAUAAAUUAUAAAUCGAGUUUCACAUUACCAUGCUUGCAUAUGAAACACUAAAAUAAUGUAUUUUUUUUCUAGUGUUCAGCGCCAGAAGUAUGUAAUUCCAUGAAGAGUAAUUAUAUUUUGAAAUAAAAAGGGCAAGUGUUUUUACACAUGUAUGAAUAUGUCAAAGACAAUAAUACAUGUACUAGAAAUGUGUUUGAAAAAAGAAGCAUUUUUUCAAAGACCAUUCAUGGCUCUCUUAUCAUUUCUGGAUGUUUAAAGCACAGGUGUUGGGCGCGUGGCCAAUUCACUGAAACACUAUCAAUAUGUCAUAAAACAAUAUUUUUCAUCACUUUGACAAAACUGUUGUUUAAUGACGUAUUGAUAGUGUUUCAGUGAAUUGACCAGGUGCCCAACACCUGUGGUUUAAAUAAUAAUGUAGUCAUCAUUAUUUGUAUUUAACUGCUGCUAGUACUCAAGAUGGCAUUUGAGUGUAUAUGAAUGUAUUUCUGUUCUGUCAGUUUAUAUUGUACAUCGUCUCACCCCUUACCGUGUUUGUCAUUUACCAUUCUUGUUUCUUUGUCGGUUCUCCAUUUAAAGUCUAUUGUUUUGUCCUAUUUUCGUUUCUGUAUUUGUGCUUAUAUAUGUUACAUGUUUUAAGGGCUAAUAUUUAAACAAUGUCAUGCCAAAAUUGGUGUUAUAUAAUAUGCAGCCAGCUUGACUCUAGAACAGCCUGUACAUUAGCUCAGUCUUGUCAGGAGCAAGUUUGUCCACUAAUGAGAUGAACUUUGCAUGACUUUACAGCGAACAGGGUAGCUCUGGACUAAAAUUUGUUAAUCAAUAACCUGGUCUGGGGCUAUGAUAGCCGCAUAUAACAUAAGACCCAUUUUUGUAUGACAUGGCUCAUUUAUUAUCAGUUAUUUAGGAUUGUAUGAUGUAAGUGCAACAAGGAAUUUUUAUUAUUAAAGUAUUUUUUCCAUG